CUUUCUUACAAUUUCCGUGAACAGUUACUGUSAAUAUUCCUUAUAUAUGUUCAAGUCAUGGAUAGUGAUGGUUUCCGAAUUGUGCCCAACGUCGACUAUACUAAGGUUGGUCCUCUCAAUCACAAGAGAACUCUGGCAUUCUUGAAUCACUUUAUCACACAUACUGUCAGGUUUCUUAACAGAUUCUCGUGUGUAUGUGAGGAGAAAUUAUCAGACUUGUCAGGAAGGAUACAAAGGGUGGAAAUUAUGAUGAGUAUUUUAGAAGCAAAGCUGUCUUCCAUUCCUGGUCUUGAUGAUGUCACAGUACCAUCAGCAUCCUCACAAUCAGCAGCUCCUACAGUAUCAACACCAACACCACAGGCUGCUCCACCUACCACUACAGCAUCAGUAGAGAAUACUGGUCCUUCAGCACCUCAAGCACCUGAACCAGAACAAGAACCAGAAGUUCCAACAAUGACAGUGUCAAAGGAUCCAAGAUAUGCAAAGUUCUUUCAGAUGAUGAAAGUGGGUGUACCACCAGGAGCUUUGAGAGCAAAAAUGAUAGCAGAGGGAUUGGAUCCUGACUUGCUAGAUAAUCCUGAUGCACCAGCCCCUGGAGGUGGGGCACCUCAACCUCAAGGAGACUCUGAUGAGGAAAUGUCAUCAGCAUCAUCCUUUAGUGACGAUGAUGAGUAAGAUGUAGAUAUAACCCAAUCAUUAUAAUCAAGUUGAAGUGAUCAAAUUAGGAAUCAACUUUUUUAUACAUCUGCAUUAGAUCACAAGGCAGUGAAUACCAAUAGUAAUGUUGAUGCAAUCUUUUAACCGUGAUACUUCUGGCAAAAUGUGAGACUAAAACAACUCAAUCAUAAAAACAAUGUAUUAAACAGAAAUCAAAAACAGUAUAUUCUUAGGGUAAAAUCUAAGAAUCCCGCAUGGUAUACAUUUUUUAUUCAAUACAAACACCACUGACGGCUUUAAAGUUACCACUCUCAAUAGAAGUUGUUUUGAGCAUUGUUUUGAUAUGGUGAUGACAAUGAUAAUAGUUUGCUUGCCAUUCAACUUGUCUGUAAUCAGGAAUUCAUGAGUUUUUUUCUAAACAACGUGGCUUUCCUGGGAUGUUGCUGCAAAAUUAUGAUCACAUUGUUUAUUGCAAAAAUGUUCAAAUAGAAAUAUAAUACUUAUUGAUAAAUAAAUGUUACAUAAAAAAAA